ACCAUUAGGAGCAGACGUGCCUCUUUCAUUAAAGUCGAGUUAGGGGAAAUGUGAGCCCGCCCCCUUUUCAGGACUCCAAAAGGGGGGAAAAAAGAAAAGGAAAGAAGAAGAAGCCAUGAGCUAAAAAAAAAUAAAAAAAGGAAAGCGAGGAGAAGGGUUUAUGGAAAGAUUCUGUCAGGAUUUGUGGGUAGGAGAAGAAACAACAACACCGAACCCCCAGAGCAGACGACCGGCUGUACACCAGCACCACCUUCACCACCCACCGGCACCAGUCCACUGUACCGACACCUUUGCUGUGCCGCGCAGCGCUUUGCCUGCCUGCGCGCACACACACACACACACACACACACACACACACACACACACACACACACACACACCGAGCGAUUAGCGAGGGAGAGAGAGAGAGAGUGAGAAAGAGAGAGAGAGAGAGCUUGUAGCCCUCCAUGACAUAGUCGAGACUCCGAGCGUGUACUGUAGAUUACUUUUUCCCCUCCCAGCGGCGUCCUCUGCUAAGUUGCGCUCCUGGAUUUUAAGUGCGUCUCGGCCCGAGUCCUGUCUUCGUCAACCCAGUCCGGACCGGACCCCCGACGCACCGGCGGACCUGCUCGCUGCACCUACCUUCCACAUUACACAUCAGCCGGAUGAUUUUCUUGUUCCAUAAAUUCUGAGAGAUGGUCGAAAACAAGGAAGAGCAGUGCAGAAUCCACAGGGAGAAGGAAUGAGAAGAAGUGGAGCUAACCAUCUUGGGCUCCUCUUCCCUAAAUCAAGGGAAGAGGCGCUUGGAACGAUAACAGGGAUUAGCUCCCAGUGCUCACCAGCUCCCCUUGGUACAGAUGCUGGAAUCUUUGAGUUGAUUGGAACAAAUAGAAAGCCAGGAAAGAGAGAGAAAAGGAAGAGAAAGGAAGAGCAGAAGAGCAAAGAGAAAGACGAAGAAGAGAGAAGCAAGCAUAAAGUUCUUUGGAAAGAGGAGAGAAAGAAAGAGACGGGGACGAUGGGGAGGAAAAAGAUUCAGAUCACGCGGAUUAUGGAUGAACGCAACAGACAGGUGACAUUUACAAAGCGAAAGUUUGGCCUCAUGAAGAAAGCCUAUGAGCUGAGUGUGCUGUGCGACUGUGAGAUUGCCCUCAUCAUCUUCAACAGCACCAACAAGCUGUUCCAGUACGCCAGCACAGACAUGGACAAGGUCCUGCUUAAAUACACCGAGUACAAUGAGCCCCAUGAGAGUAGGACCAACUCGGACAUUGUGGAGACGUUGAGAAAGAAGGGCCUAAAUGGCUGUGACAGCCCUGACCCCGACGCAGACGACUCGGUCGGCCACAGCCCUGAGUCUGAGGACAAAUACAGGAAAAUUAACGAGGACAUAGAUCUGAUGAUCAGCAGACAGAGACUGUGUGCUUUGAGCAAGAAGGAGAACAAAGGUGGCGAGAGCCCGGAGCUCGAGUCCUCUCUGAUCCUCACCCCUCGCACUGAGGAGAAAUACAAACAGAUAAACGAGGAGUUUGAUCACAUGAUUAAAAGCCAUAAAAUACCUCAGGCCAUGCCCCCGUCCAACUACGACAUGCCCGUCUCCAUUCCCGUCAGCAACCAGAACAAUCUCAUUUACAGCCAUCCAGGAGGCUCCUUGGGAAACCACAACCUGCUGCCACUGACACAUCAUGGUCUACAGAGAAACAGCAUGUCCCCCGGGGUUACACACAGACCCCCCAGUGCAGGUAACCCAGGUGGCCUCAUGGGUGCUGACCUCACCACUGGCGCAGGCACCAGUGCUGGAAAUGGAUAUGGCAACCACCGCAACUCCCCCGGUCUGCUGGUGUCUCCGGCUGGCAUGAACAAAAACAUGCAGGCAAAGUCGCCUCCUCCCAUGAACUUAGGCAUGAACAACCGCAAGCCCGACCUACGUGUGCUUAUCCCGCAUGGCGCCAAGAACAACAUGCCCUCCAUUUCUGAGGAUGUCGAUCUGCUAUUGAACCAGAGAAUAAACAACUCCCAGUCUGCUCAGUCAUUGGCCACCCCGGUUGUGUCAGUAGCAACUCCCACUCUGCCAGGACAAGGCAUGGGUGGUUAUCCAUCAGCUAUUUCCACUUCUUAUGGUACCGAGUAUUCAUUGAACAGUGCAGACUUGUCCUCGCUCUCCGGCUUCAACAGCGGCAGCUCCCUCCACCUAGGCUCAAUGAGCGGCUGGCAACAGCAGCACCUUCAGAACAUGCAGCAUUCAGCCCUUGGACAGCUUGGAAAUUGCUCUAGCUCUCACUUAUGUCAGGGCUCAAAUCUCUCCCUGCCCUCUGCUCAAAGCCUGCACAUCAAGUCCGAACCUGUUUCUCCUCCUAGAGAUCGCACCAGCAGCACACCGGGGGGCUAUGGUGGUGGUGGUGGGGUAGCACCUCCCCAGAACCCUUCGUCCCGCCAGGACUCGGGACGCUCCCCGGUCGAUAGCCUGAGCAGUUGUAGCAGCUCCCACGAAGGCAGUGACCGCGAUGAGCACAGAAACGAGUUCCACUCUCCACUGGGACUGGCCCGGCCCGCUCUGGAUGAGCGCGAGAGCCCCUCCAUCAAGCGUGUGCGCCUGUCCGAAGGCUGGGCCACAUGAUAGCAGUGCCCCAACUUACCCCGAGCGCCCCCCCUCCUACAACAAGACUGCGUUCUGUCAAGCCCCUAGUCUCAGCCCUCAGUCACAAUCAUCCAAUCCUAAAGGACAAGUCUUUUUGUUUUUAUUUGGCUUUUAUUUUUGCUGAGUGUGUGUGUAUGUGUGUGUGUGCUAAUACAUCAAUCAGUGGGCUCUGGGGGUUAGAUGUCAGUCGGGGGGACGGGUGGUCUUUGUUUUUUCUUUUCAAUUGGGGAACUAUGCAUAAAUUGCUUUGCGUGUGCAUAAAACAAAUGACAAAUGCAUAUAUCUUUACACGUGUGUACAUAUAUGCAUAUCAACAACAACAAUAGUCAGGUACUCUGUUUCAUACAACUUGCCAUGGAGAAAUAUGAGUGACUGAAGAUGGAAAGCGGUGAGAAAAAGACAAAAAAAAAAAGAGCAUCAACACGAGAGUGAGUGUGUGAGGACAACACCUUAGCACUUGACAAACAACACGUGUGUGUACAGUGUCAGUUGCAUCACUAUAUACCUUCUUCUCUGGAGUUCUCCCUUGCAAAAAAAGUGUGUGUUAACAUUAGAUGAUGUCAUGUUGCAGGUUCAACGUAUUUAUGUAAAUAGAGGACGAAAGGGGGGUUAUUGAAGUUGCCGGACAUUUCAAGAUUUAUUUACUCGCUAAAGGAAAAGCUAAUAUGCAACAUUUUUGAAGGACUGUACAGGUGAUUAAACCCCAAUAUGUUUGGAACUUUUCAUUUUAGCGGGGUGUGUAGGAAGAAGGGGAGCGAGGACCACCCUCUGAUCCAAGAGUUCAUGUAAUCAACAAGCCUCUGGAUCUAGUAUUAACUAUCAGUAUUAUUAAAGGACAAAAAAAACAGUUGUACGAUACACUUGCUUAUAUUUUCAUAUGAAAGGAAUACAAUGCAAAGCAUUUUGUGGCUUUUUGUAGUUUCUAUAAGCCAGAAUGUGUUUUUUGAUAGCUUUGCUAAUAAGAGAAGGAUAGUGCACCCACACCCAGCUGGGGGAUGAACGGGCAUCGGAGCCCUAAGCCAUGAAAACAGACUGAGAUCCAAUGCUUUGCUGAACUGUUUUAUCUUUGUAGAGGUUUGUUAUUAUUAAACGUGUAUUUCUAAUUAUAUAUAAUAAUGGUAAUAUUAAGAAUCUUUAAAAAAAAAUCUGUGAAAUUAACAUGCUUGUGUAUAGCUUUCUAAUAUAUAAAUAUAUAUAAUAAUUUUUUUUUGUUGGUUUCUUAGUGGAGUUUCUAUGUGCAGUUGCACAUGUUGUCUGGUUUGUUUCCUUUCAAGCCCUGAGCAAAGCUGUUCAGCUGGUGUAUUGACUACAACUCUUUGGGGCUCCAACACAAGCAGUUAGUCUGGAAGUGAGGAUGACACAGAAAAUCUGAUCCAACAUGCAUUUUAUGUCUCACAUGUUUCAUUUUUAAGCUGAAUUAACUUAUUGAACAUGUUUUCCCUAAUUCAGCUUGUCAUGUACAAGAUCGGGCUGCACAAUUUCUCCAGUGAACUAUUUAGGUAAUAUAAUUCCACAAAUGGAUGGUAAGGAAUUACCCCAAAUCGUUUGCAGACCUAAUUUGAUUCUGUGCCUCCUCAUGUUCCAUUCUUUUACAAUAAAACAUCAUUUAGUACAAUUGUGACAGCUACAUGAGGGAAAUUUGAUCAUGCUGGUAUAUGGGAGAAGCACAAUUUGUGAUAAAUAGCUGUUUAGACCCAAACCUCAUAUCUCUGCCGCCUGAGUCCUGUAUCUGCUGUCAUUUAAGUGUGAUAUUUCAGUGUGCAUAUAUUUCAUGCAGGUUCACUAUGUUGUUACUGUAUACAGUCUGUGCAUUCAAACAGGGGCAGAGCCUCUAUAGCAGUGUUCUUCUCACUCUGUUUUUUUUAAUUCUAUACAAAAAGGCUGAGAAAAAAAAAACAUGUUUGAGGCGAGCGUGUGUGGAGAAACCAAAGCCAACGGCAUUUGUGUGUUGUAAACAUUUUAUUUUCACAUUCAUUUAUGGUUUUUUGCAAGCAUUGAAACAAGACAAUAAAAAUGUUCAAAUGUACAAUCGCUUUCACAUUUCAAUUCAAGGCAAAGUAACAAUUUGUGUGCAUCGGUUUCAUGUGUGUAUUUAUUAUUUCCUGUUCUUGAAUCCAAAUUCUCAGAAUGCAUGCAUUAAGAAGUCACAUCUCACACUAAUUAGCAUCUAUUUAUAGUCACUUCCAGCUUGAACUGAUGCCAACAUGUCCUGGUGAUGAAUUAGUGUUGAGACUAACCAAAGACAUGUAGCAUGUUAUCUAUUCUCUUCUUCUUUUUUGUUGUUGUUAUAGAUGCAUUUGAACCAUUUUUCAUCAUCUGUUGAUCAGUUGUUGUGUUGUCAUUGAGAAAAGAGAUUAAAAAGAAUGCUGGUACCUCCAUAUGACCCAAGCAGUACCUCAGCUGAUGUAUUGUCAAGUCACUUUGCAGUGCAAAAAUACAAAGAGACAGCAUCCACCUGUACAGCCGUGUGUAAUAACAUAUACCAUCCCUCUUUGUUGCUCCACAUGCUGUGGUUUAUUUAUAUCUUUCAAAAAAAUGAUUUUGUUUUCUGUUAAAAGGCUUAAAACAGUUCGUCUGUAGUAUGAAAUGUAGCUUGUAAAAACCCAGAGACUUGGGGCAGUUUUUUUGUGCAGACGAUGAGCGGCUUGCAGCGGCAUAAGCUGGCCUUUGUCGCCAAUUGAGACUAAAGGUGAUGGUGUUCAAUGAGACACUUGUGUAACUCAAGGGACUGGAUUGAGCUGUGUGUAUAGUUGAUUUAGGGGCUGGAAUUAAAAGAAAGAAAGACUUGUUUGUACUUGGCAGAGAUUUCAGUAAACUUACUGGCUUUCUUAGU